AUGACGGCUUGUGCUAGGGAUGUUAACGAUGAUGUUGAUAUCGCGGCUAUCCCAUUGCAGUUGUGGAGCGGUUCUGUCGCUCUCGCGCGCUACCUGCUUGACGAACAGGGCAGUCUCUUUAAUGAAAAUCAAAAUCCUCAAACGGGGCGGAUACAUAUUGUGGAGCUUGGUGGCGGUGUGGGUCUGUGCUCAGUUGUAGCUAUGCGGAUACUUUUGUCAUCUUCUAAACCAACAAAAUCAUCAUCAUGCUCGACUUCGACGGCUUGCAGUAGGGUCACUUGUACCGAUCGAUCGGCUGCGGCCGUUUCUCUGGCUGCGGUGAAUCUGCGAAAAAAUUCUGAGGUUGACGAUGCUUCCAGCAUUGAUCUUUUUGCGAAACAGUUCGACUUCUCAGGAGGCAAGCGUGCAGUUGAGGAAUUCUUCACUAAUAUACUUGGACGCCCACAAUCGAACCAGAAACCGAACAAGAUACACGACAAGAAAGACGACAAUCAGGAGACUAUUCUUCUCCUUGGUGCAGACCUCCUUUACGAGCGCGAAUCGACUUUAGACCUAAUAUCUUUCAUCACGGAGCUGCAGGAGGCUAUUAGUAUUGUCACAGAACAAGCAGAGCACCCAUAUGCACAUCACGGGAAGAUCCGUGUAACGAUUAGGCUAUCCUAUGAAGAGCGAGUGUGCUUUUCAAAGGCCACGCUGCGAGAAGAAGUCACUGAAGUACCGCUAUUUCUAGAGGCAAUGGAAAACGAGGGAAUCAACUACUCUUGCAUCAAGGCAGCAACGAGAAAUCAGGAUAAGAACAUGAAAAUUUUAUGUAUAGAACUCUGACAUAAGGACAAGGAUUUGUGAGGUCAUACCUUAUCAUGCUGACAGAUAUAGUAGUCUUUUUUGUUCUCAUCUACUACAUCGAGCGAUCGUCCAAGCGAAGCUACCUUCUAC